AUCAAAUUUAUUUUCUUCAUUGUCAAUAAAUUCAGUUACUUUAUUAAUAAACCAGUAAAUUAAAACAAGAUUAUUAUAUAUGGUGACUAAAUUCCACAAUAGGUCUUAGUUAUUCGUCGCUAUUGUUGCUGAUUAGUUGGGUUACGCUCCUUGCCUUAGGCUUUGCUUUCAAAAGUGCAUAUUCUUAGUGUAAAGCUUCUGCUAACUGUCUGAUGUCUGUGCUUUCAAUAUGGGAUUACAUUAUUUUGGUUAUAGUGUUGUUAAUAUCAGCCGGCGUUGGAUUGUACUACCGUCUAACAGGUGGAAAGCAAAGUACCACAGCCGAGUAUCUGCUGGCUGAUAGACAAAUGAGCAUAUUCCCGAUUGCAUUUAGUUUGAUGCAAAGCUUCAUGUCGGCUAUAACAUUGCUAGGAGUUUCUAUGGAGAACUAUCAGUAUGGAACAAUGUUUGUAAUCAUAAACUUUUCUUACGUUUUGACGACUCCCAUCGCAGCAUACUUAUAUCUGCCAGUGUUUUACCGCCUUGAAACUGCAAGUGUUUAUGAGUAUCUGGAAAAGCGUUUUGGCUAUGCUGCACGACUCGCCGCUUCGUUGGCUUUUUCCAUUCAAAUGGUUCUUUACAUGGGAAUUGUACUAUACGCUCCAUCUUUGGCCCUAGAAGCUGUCACUGGACUGGAUAAACUGUUUGCAAUUCUAGGCAUUGGAAUUGUGUGUACUUUUUACUCGACAAUAGGCGGCAUGAAGGCGGUCAUUAUCACAGAUGUCUUUCAAUCACUUCUAAUGUUCAUGGCAAUAUUUAGUGUAAUAAUUUGUGCCACGAUUAAGGCUGGAAAUUGGGCAACAAUUUGGGAAGUAGCACAGGACGGUGGAAGGAUAAACUUUUCAGAUAUAAGUAUCGAUCCCACGAGGCGUCACACAUGGUGGACACAAAUUAUUGGUGGAGGAUUCACAUAUUUAUCGCUUUAUGGUGUAAAUCAAACCCAAGUACAACGCUUGCUAUCGGUUAAAAAUCUAAAAUCAGCUCAGCUCUCGCUGUGGUGGAAUCUACCCAUUCUAAGUUUGCUGAGUGUGUGUACUUGCUUCUCAGGACUCUGCAUGUACUAUUACUACCACACAUGUGACCCUUUGCUUGAAGGACGUAUAAAUUCCCGUGAUCAAUUGCUUCCAUUAUUCGUCGUGGACACAAUGGGUCAUGUGCCUGGUUUGGCGGGUCUUUUUGUAUCUGGAAUAUUCUGCGCCAGUCUUUCAACAAUUUCUUCAGCUAUAAAUGCUCUAUCCGCAGUGACUUUGGAAGAUUACGUUGGACAAAUUUACAAAUGCCUUGGAAAGGAGCCGUUAUCUGAUAAAAAACGUACCGCGCUAACAAAAGCUAUUGCAUUCGUAUACGGUUUAAUUUGUAUUGGCUUAGCAUUUGCUGUCCAGGCACUCGGUGGUGUACUCCAGGCGUCUCUGACAAUAUUUGGCGUUGUUGGAGGACCCCUUUUGGGUCUUUUUACACUUGGCAUGUUUACCAAACGUGCAAAUCAGAAGGGAUGCAUAAUUGGCCUCAUAUUAGGACUUGCAUUUGGAUUUUGGAUUGGAUUUGGACAACCAAAACCAAUACCACCUCAACUACCAAUGUCAAUUGAAGGAUGCCCAAUUACUGCUAAUUCAACACCUAACACUUUACCAGUUUUGUUGGAAUUGAUGAAACCAAGAGCAAUUGAUCAAAGUGAUUAUUUUUAUCUGUAUCGUUUGUCGUACAUGUGGUAUUCCGUGCUAGGAUUUGCUGUAACCUUUAUUUGUGGGUAUAUCCUGAGUUUAAUUUGCGAAAUUCUCAAAAUUGACGACAAUCGACUGAUAUACACCGACAAAAAUCGUACUCAAUUCAAUUGUGAGCUUUUUAUUCAACCAAUUGCUAAGCGAUUGCAUACGAGAAACAUGGAUAGUUUGAAAAUGAGUGGAGCAGAUCAUAUGAAUGGAGCAACAAAUGAUCGCACGAAAUGAUACACGACAGUGUAAAAAUGAAAAUAACUAAGAUCAAGUAUGGGAUUCGUUUUUGAUGAUUUAAUUUUAUGAGUUUAAAAGUGUGUAAAUAAUGUUGUUUUUUUUUCAUUCGUCGGAUAGCUAAAAAAUAUUUUACAAUUUAAUUUUAUCAGUAUUUAUAUUUAGCUAAUUACAAGCAACUUUAUAAGAGAUAAGAUAGAACAUUUAUGAAAUGUGUCGAUAACAAUCAAAUAAAGUAAUAAGCAUGUGCAUGGCGGGCUGGACCGGCUUUUAUUUAGCUGUAAAAAGGUGGAAUAAAGUUUGAAAACAUAAAAUUGUA